AGCAAAAGAAGCGUACAAGAAAUGAGAAAUAGAAAGCCAAGAGAGGAGAGAGAGACAGGAGAAGCCGAGAGAGUCGACAGGUCCGACCUCGAGGGUUUGGAGUGUAGUGCCGGUCGGUGCCCGCCAACCUCCCAGAGCUCCGCUGGAUCUCCCAGACCCUGCUCCGCCGGAGCAACGACGACAAGAGGGAGUCGCCGACUUGGUGUAGGAAGAUCCUUGGGCCUUGGCUUCCUUGAUUCUUCAGUUCGUGCCUAAAAGAUGGUUCAGCUUCUCUUUGAGGACAUUUUUGGGGUUGAACAACUAAAUCCAGAUGGUAAAAAGUUCGAUAAAGUUACUCGGAUUGUGGCAAGGAGCGAGAAGUUUGAUAUGUACAUGCAUCUUGAUGUCAACACGGAGAUAUAUCCAAUUGAGGCUGGCGAUAAAUUCACGAUGGCAUUGGCUCCAACAUUAAAUUUAGAUGGAACACCUGACAGUGGCUUUUAUACUCAGGGUUGGAAGAAGUCACUUGCAGACAAAUAUGAGUAUGUCAUGCAUGGGAGGCUUUAUAAGAUCUCUGAGAAAUCUGGGAAAGUGGAGAUUGAUGCUUCGUUUGGUGGACUACUUAUGAUGCUGAAAGGGGACCCAUCCAAUGUCACUAAUUUUGAGCUUGACCAAAGGCUGUACCUCCUUAUGAGGAAGGUCUAGCCUGAUUAUCUCUGCUGCUACUCGCCCCUUUUUGUUCCCGAGAAACUCAGAACUUCAGCCGCCAUGCAUUCUUAGAUCACAAUGCUUGCAAUGUGUCUGAAUUACUUCCAUGUAAAAUUUAAAAGAACUUAGAUGACUUCCUUCGUCAUUUUUUACCCGUGGAAAUUUUCCAUCCAACUAUCCUAAGCAAGCUCACUUAGUCACGGCCUUUGCCACAUUUCAUACUUGCAUCAUAGUGGAUUUUUUUCUUGAAA